AUGGAGGUUAAGCCAAAGCCGUUUAAGGUCGUUAUUGUUGGGGGAUCAGUCGCGGGACUGACUCUUGCUCACUGUUUAAGUCGAGCAGGUAUCGACUAUGUGGUAUUAGAGAAGCGAGGCGAAAUUGCGCCGCAGGUGGGUGCCUCCAUUGGGAUUAUGCCUCAUGGUGCUCGGAUCUUGGAUCAAUUAGGCUUGUUCGAUUCCGUAGAGCAAUUGAUUGAACCAUUGCACACGGCACACAUCUUGUACCCGGAUGGGUUUGAGCAUACCAAUCGAUCGCCGGAGCUUCUUGAGAAACGGUAUUUCAAUCUUCCUUGUCCGCGAUCGCCCUUAAUAGCUGCUAAAAAGGAUUUACUCAUUAGAUUCGGAAUCCCACUUGCGUUUUUGGAGCGACAGAAACUACUCCAAGUCCUCUAUGAUUUCCUGCCAAACCAAUCAAAGGUUCUUUCAAACAAAGCCGUUGUAUCCGUAUCUCAUGAGAAGAAUACACUGUGUGCAGUGCGCACACAAGAUGGUGGCGUGUACGAAGGGGACUUGGUUGUGGGAGCAGACGGGGUUCACAGUCAAGUUCGCAGCCAUAUGUGGAAUUCGCACUCUGGCCAGAUCUCAAAAAAAGAGGAAUCGGCCUUGACCACUGAAUAUGCCUGUGUGUUUGGAAUAUCAGAAGGUGUGUCCGGCUUGCGGGCUGGCGAACAGAUCACCAGCUUGAAUGACGGCCAUUCUUUCCUCGUCUUCCCGGGAAAGAACAAUCGUAUCUUCUGGUUUCUUCUGUGGAAGCUUGACAAAGUGUAUGAGUACCCUCAUGCUCCUCGAUUCUCGACAUCCGAUGCCGAAGAACUCUGCCGAAAGCAUUUUGAUGAUCGGAUCUGGAAAGAUGUGCUGUUCAGGGAUAUCUGGCAGAAGCGAGUGGUCUUCUCUAUGACAGGGUUGGAAGAGCAUGUCUUUGAGACAUGGCACUCUGAUCGAGUCGUCUGUAUUGGCGACAGUAUGCACAAGAUGGCACCAAACACUGGACAGGGCGCCAACUGUGCCAUUGAAGAUGCUGCAGUAUUGGCCAAUCUUCUCCACGAUGCUCUCAAAACAGAGCCAGUUGAUUCUCGUCUGUCAGAUCAGAAGAUGCGUGCGAUCCUCCAGACGCUAAAUGCUACCCGGCUGAAUCGAGUGCGCGAGAUCUACAAAGGAGCCAGGUUUGUCGUCCGUCUGCAUGCACGACACAGCCUCUUCUUGCGGCUCCUCGGUCGGUAUUAUGUUCCCCAUUCAGGAGAUCUUCCCGCGGACACGGCUUCGAAGGUGAUUGCAGGUAGCGGAGAUCUGAAAUUCCUGCCCCCUUCGCAACGUGUUGGGCCAGGCUGGGAGGAAUUUCAGGCAAAGCGCCCCGUACCUAUAAUUUUCCUUGGUAGCUUAAUCGUAGUCUCAUUGGUGCUUUGCUCAUUGGCAUGGCAAUGGAAGGGCGUGUUGUCGCGAUGGCUAUUCCGAAUGUGA